UCAAAAUCAGCAGUACUUUAAUUUAUAUAUGUUUGUCUAUAAUUUAAUUCAUAUAUGUGUGUUGGCCUAUAAAGGCCCAUGUGUCCCGAAAUGGCAGAUAUGCUUGACUUGUACUGUUUUAAAUGGCUCACUAUUUAAUGCGUUCUAAUGUCUGAGUAAGCGGUUAAUUACUACCAUGUAUUAUGAUUUCAUUUUACAACGGAAACCGAUAUUGGAGGUGGAAAUAUCUGUACCUUUCGCGCGCAUUUGCCGGCAAGAAGUAAUUGCAGACAUGUCUUCUGAUGAGGUAAAAGUUAAUGAUGAGGUUAACGAAGUUGAUGAAACUGAAGAACAAGAAGAAAGUGAAGUGAAAUCUCCUGAGGAGGAGGUUGAGGAAGAUGAACCAUCUGCAAAGGAGGAAGUAGAAAAAGAGGGAGAUGAAGAUGAGGAGGAGGAUGAAGAGGAGGAUGAGGAUGAAGAUGAAAGUAAAACUGGUUCUGGGAAGAAAGAGCCAUUUUGGAAAGAGGGCCCCCUAAUAGUUGAAGGAAAGAGGGAGAAGAAGAAGGUGGAAAGACUAAGCUUUCAGGCAUCUCCUACAAAGAAUGAACCUUUUAAAAUUGAAGAAGGUAAGGGAGAGAAACUUGGUGAAAUUGAAAGAAUACAGCAUUUCAUGAGUCAAAUAAAAUCUGAAGAACUGAAGCCUCUUCACAAGCUGCUUUAUGGCAGACCAGGAACAGUUGCAUCGGUAAAGAGAAACAUCCGGCAAUUCAGCGGAUUUCCUUUUGAAAAGAACAGUGAACCGUACAAAAAGAAAGAAGAAUUAUUAAAAAAGCACAAAAAUUCUGCGUUAAAGAUGUUUUGUGGAGUCCUUGAUCUAGAAAAAUCCGGAACAAGCGGGGAACUUGUUGAAAGAAUUAUGAGUUUCUUAAUGAAGCCAAAGUCAACAGGAAAGUCCCUACCAAAGUCUAAAAAGAAGUCUCAGAAAAGCAGCAAAAAAGAUCGCAGGAGCUCUGGGUCAGCACGGAAGUCAAAAGGCUCAAAGUCUGAAGAGAAAAUACUUUCGGACGAGUCUUCAAGUGAAGAUGAAAAGAAUGAAGAUUCUUCAGAUGAAGAAAAAGAAAGUGAAGAUGAGAAGCCUCCCAAAAAGGUAGCCAAGAAAAAAGAAACUCCAAAAUCAGCUAAAAAGAAAAGGAGUGCAAAACCUGCAAAUGUGAAGAAAGCAGACAGCAGCACUACAAAAAAAGGUCAAAAGAGCUCAAAGAAAGAGACUGAAUCUGAUGACAGUUCUGAUGAUGAACCUUUAAUUAAAAAAAUAAAGAAACCCCCUACAGAUGAAGAACUUAAAGCAACUAUCAAAAGGUUAUUGGCAGACACAAACUUGGAAGAGGUUACGAUGAAACAGAUAUGCAAAAAUGUGUAUGAAAAAUAUCCUUCUUAUGACCUGACAGAUCGGAAAGACUUCAUAAAAAAGACAGUCAAAGAGCUGAUAUCGUGAUUUCUGUAUACAGAAAAUGGAGCAGCUUCCCCUUCCCCUGAUCAGUCUCUGAAGAAAUGCACCUGCAACAGAUUUACUUUUGUAAACAGAUUUUUAUGUUUCCUCCUUCAUUCAUUCAUCUUGAAGGCUGUCAUUCUGACUGACUUUUAUCUUCUGGAAAAUUGAUGCCAUUUUUAUUUGGACUUAAAUUUUGUGCAUGGCACAUAAGCAUUUUUAUUUUAGUUAGUGUUUGUACAUUUGAAUUGUCAGAUUACUGAUAAAUGAACAUAUUAAAAGUAUUGUUGAAUGUUUAGGGUAAAUUUUAAUGUUUUCCAUUUCCUUAUAAAUGUAUAAUUUUAAGUACAUUACUAUGUUUGUAAAUGCAGUAAAUGUUCUCAUGUCGGUGUGUUAAAAACAAUUUGGUUUUUGGAACUUUGUAUUUUUAUACUCUAUGCAUUUAUCUGAUCUUAACAUUAAAACAUUUCUUGAA